AGUUCUGUCUGUUAUUCUGGAAUAAAGAGCAGGUCCCAUAGUUCAUGAGUGGAGAGCCUUCAACCAUAAGACCAUAUGUAGCCUUCAGUUUAAUUUCAGGGAUCUUUCAGACAAUAUCGAAAGUCUGAAAUGAACUUAGUGAGCAGUCUUGAUCUUAGUGAACUCAAUGAGUAGUAGGCACCCUGUUGUUGGGGCUAAUUUAAGGAUGAAUAAACAUGAACAAUGUGUGUUGGCCUACAUACAGUAUUUAGUCUCUCCUAAUUCAGGCUCCAAAUGGGGUAACUGAAGGCUUAGUAAACGAGAUUUUUCAGACCUAAUAAGAGGAAAUCUUAAAAUGCUGGGUUACUAUUGGCAGAAGACGAGCCUGCAACAAAACUACCACGAAGUGAGAGAAAGGGUAUUAUCAUUCGGGAAAAGAGGCAGGCGCAACGGCUAAAAUCAGAAACCGGGGAGCAAAUCCGUUUACUGAACGUGCUCGUUCAUCCAGGGCGUGGAGGUGGGAGAUGGAUUGACGGAGUGGCUCUACUCUCAACGGUGACAGGCACUGUUACCUUCCCAUUUUCCCCAGUUUUGCAACAUCUCCCUUCAAUUUUUUUUUAAAAAAACUUUUCAACAUGGUUACAAAGCGCGCAGAAGCCAGCGGAGGUGUCUUCUUCUCCUUCUCGACGUCGGUGAAGUAAUCGAGUUUCCGUUUCAGCAGAAGAGGAGCUCUGCCGGCUCCUCGUUCCUCCUGGCAUCUUCGAUAAGAAGAGGGACGUUUCCUGUUAUGUGCUCGGGACCUUGGCGUUCAAGUCUGCGACGCCAAGCCCCUUUCCUGGCGGUGGAAAGACAUGAUGUGAAUACACUCAGUUUGCCACUUAAUAUUCGCCGUGGAGGUUCAGACACUAAUCUGAAUUUUGAUGUACCUGAUGGUAUAUUUGAAUUUCACAAAGUAAAACUCAGUGCAGAUAGUCUGAAACAAAAAAUUCUGAAAGUUACUGAGCAAAUAAAAAUAGAACAAACAGCUCGAGAUGGGAAUGUGGCCGAGUACUUGAAGCUGGUGAACACUGCAGACAAACAACAAGCUGGACGAAUUAAACAAGUCUUUGAAAAAAAGAAUCAGAAGUCUGCCCAUUCCAUAGCCCAGCUGCAAAAAAAAUUGGAACAAUAUCACAGAAAGCUAAAAGAAAUAGAACAGAACAGUUCCUCCAAAAGCACCAGAGAUACUUCCAAAGACAGCCUAAAGGAAAUCCAACACUCUUUAAAAGAUGCACAUGGAAAAGCUCGUGCUACCAGCCAGGCCAAUGAAAGCUGCAAAACAGGGGUUCCAGGAGUUUCGUUGACACCUCCAGUGUUUGUUUUCAACAAAUCCAGGGAGUUUGCAAAUCUGAUUCGGAAUAAGUUUGGUAGUGCUGACAACAUUGCUCACUUGAAGAGUAGCUUAGAUGACUUCAGACCAGAAACUACUUCUAGGGCUUAUGGUGGUAGUGCCACCAUAGUAGCCAAGCCAAAAUACACCAGUGAUGAUGAAUGCUCAAGUGGAACAUCGGGAUCCAUAGAUAGUAAUGGAAACCAAUCUUUUGGUCAAGGUGGGGCAAAUACUUUGGACAACCAUGGAAAACUUUCCAUAUUCUUGGAAGAACUGAGGGAAAUAAAGGAAGCACAAUCCCAAUUAUCAGAAGAUAUUCAGAAUUUAAAAGUACAGUUCAAAAGAGAUUAUGGCUUUAUUUCUCAGACCGUGCAAGAGGAAAGAUUCAGAUAUGAGCACUUAGAAGACCAGCUAAAUGAUUUAACAGACCUCCAUCAACAUGAAACAGCCUAUUUGAAACAAGAACUGGCCAGUAUUGAAGAAAAAGUAGCAUAUCAGGCUUAUGAGCGGUCACGUGAUGUUCAGGAAGCUUUGGAAUCUUGCCAGACACGGGUUGCUAAAUUGGAGCUCCACCAGCAAGAACAGCAAGCGUUACAAUCGGAAACGGUUAAUGCCAAAGUCCUACUAGGAAAAAGCAUAAACGUAGUCUUGGCCUUCAUGACUGUUAUUCUUGUAUGUGUCUCCACCAUAGCAAAGUUUAUAGCUCCUAUGAUGAAAAGCCGUUUCCAUAUUAUUUGCACGUUUUUUGCAGUAAUUUUUCUUGCAAUUUUAUGCAAAAAUUGGGAUUACAUUAUCUGUGCCAUAGAACAGAUAAUUAUAUCAAGAUGAAAACACAAGUAUGGACACUUUCCUUUUUAAAAAAAUAUUUUGGACAUCUAAACAGGCUAUCAAAUCUUGUAAUCUAAGCAGACAGAUUAGGUGAAGACUAUUUUUCCCACCUGGGCAUAAGUUUGUAAGACUGAAAAUUCCUGCCAAUGCUUUCAUCUUAGCAAUCAUAGCAUAAGGAAUGACGUGAAUCUGAUGUGAAGUGGAUGAUGUGUAUACAUCUUUUUGCCUUAAUCCAACCAACUUUUCUGCAUCCCAGUUUUCAGCCAAAUUCUGAAUUAAAGAUACUAAUUAGAUAAGUUUCAAAUGGAAAAAAAUAGAAGAAAUAAUAAUUAAUUACAUUUUAUUAAAUGGAAAUUUACAAUGUCCUAUCCUUAUCUAAAGCAUUUUCCUUGUAGUAUAUUUCUAAAUAGUAAAUUAAGAUAUCUGUGUCUUAGAAAAUGCUAGACAAAUUUCCCAGGUUACCUGAUGAUCAACAUUCCUGUAGUGGGAAUUGUGCUGAUGUGAAUUAUCUUCUGUUAUUUGUAUCCCUUUUUAUCCAAUCGACAUACAGUAUACAGGUAUUAACUAUUUAGAAUUUAUUUUGCCUUUCAAAUUAGUUAAUCCACUAUGAUUUUGCUUCAUGAUCUUAAAGAUGAUAUCUCUACUACAAAUGAAAUCAAGCACUUGGUUCUUCUGUCAAUCCAAAAAUGGAUUUCUUUAUUUUACAGGAAAAUUUUUGUAGCCUACCAAACACCUCAUUUAUCAAAAAUGCAAAAGAUAAGAAAAACUGUUCAUCCUCUUACAGACAUUGGAGGAGAUAGAAUCAUUCUCAAUGGAGCACAAAUAUACACAUUAGUAUCAAGGAACAAACAAAACUAGUGUAACAAGACAUCUUGUUCGGUAGUUUCAAAACAUAGGACCAGGAAGAGUAAAUUGAGGCCAAACCAUUCAACCACUGUCUGUUAGCCUUACCAGGCUGACUUGAUAGGAAAUUUAACCAGAUACACUAAUUAUUUUAUUGUAAAGCCACAUUAACAGAAUCUAGCAAAUUAUCCUGCUGUCACUUUUAAAGUCCAAGAAUUUAAAACAGAUUCCUUUGCUCUUCCCACUAUACUACUGUGGGCAAUACUCUCUCUUAUCUGAUCAUUCCCUAGGCAGCAUCUUUUCACCUGGUCUCUCAAGGUCUUUCCCAUGUACCAUUACAUUGUUUCUCUCUUCCCUACUCUUCCAUGCCCUAAUAAUCUGGAGUAGCUCUUUUAUCACAAAUAAAGAACACACCGCUCUAAGAUAGUUGGAUGCUUGGAUACCCUCCCUAUAUGCAUCACCAUUGCUUCUGAGAUGGUAAUGGCAUCUGCCUAUACAAUUGGUAAAUGUCUCUUCAUCCACUACUGUUAGAAUCAGCAAAGUGCAUAUAAGGUAAGCAGCUGGCCUUCUAACUAGAAAUGGUUGUGAUGGUGCUUUCCCCAGGAAAAGAAAGAAUCAAUGACUAAAGCAGUGAGUUCCCCUUCUACCUCAAACUGUGAGACCUCUUAGGUCUCAUUUUUUAUGUCUAGUUAUUAUCUUUCCCUUCUCUUUUCCACCCUCCCUUUAGCUUCCUUAUUCAGCUAUCUGUCAUUCUCUAUGAUACUGAGCAAUACUGCUUUCGUACCAAUCUGCAUAACAUUGGUGCAGUAUUCUCAAAUUACUGUGUUUCAGCCUACAGUAACACCGUAAUCACUGUGAAGUUUGUAUUGAAUCAAGACUUCAUCUAAGAAUACUCUUGUAUAAUCAUCUUGAAUAGAAUUGGCCGCGAAGUGAAAAGAUGGGAGAUAGACUAGUGUGAUUAUGUUCUUUGUUUUAAGGCCUGUGUUUUAUUUUUAGCACUUUCUUGUAAAUUGACUUGGUUGAGACCUUAAGACAUGCACUGUAAGCCUUUUGCACAUUUUCUGUUGAGUUGUGUUUCUACUGUGUUUCAUGACUAUAACGGUAUGGAUGCUCUAAUGAUAACAGCGUUGCCCAGUAUGGUUUUUCAUCUUUUGAAAAUUUGGAUGUGUUGUUUCAAAAUGCUAUGAGCAUAAGCACAGCUCUCUUUAAAGCAUCCACAUCUUUUUUUUAGGCGUCACAUAAACUUGAAAAAUAGGCAAAGCUGUUUUAACAAGUCAAAAACAUGUGACUACUUUAAAGAAAUGCUGCAAAAAUGAAGCAACCUCUCCAAAUCAUGUUUAAGUAUGUGCAAUGGUAUUGUACAAUAUGUAAAUAGUAAUAAUGCUUGCACUAUAAAAACGGUUUAUAAAUGAUAUGUGCAAUUUUAUUUUUUAAAGUAGAACUGGACUUAACAGUAAAAAUGAUAGCCCUUCACUGUAUCAGGCAAUGCCAAUGUUAAGUUGAUCAUACUGAAUCCUGUAAACAAUUACUGGUAAUCUGGUAAAUACAAGAGGCAUUGUUUUAAAGCUAUCUGCAUUUAACUAAUUAGUCCUAUGAAAUUCUGAUCAACCUCAUAAUUGGCAUAAAACCUUACAAUCUGUUCUUAAUAUAAUGCUUUCUUUCCCUUCAGUGAUUCUUACUAGAUGAAUACUUUGCAUAGAAAAUUAAAGAAUUCAGAUUACUUUAAAAGGGGGGAAAAUAAAGAAGAUCCAUAUCCUAUUUUUCCAUGUCUCAAAUUAGUAAAAUUCUUUUUAAAAAAUUAAGAUUCUAGUUUUUUAUCACAUUUGAUUAUUUUUCUCUUACUAUAUAUUAGGAGCUCAUAAUUCCUAUUAAAAAUUUAUGUUUGAACAAAUUUUAAUCUAGUAAUUGAAACAGAUCAUGUGCAAUUAUAUAAUUUAUUCUAUAGUUAUGUGCAAAUCAUAGAAUAUUAGGUUGGAUGGGCCUUGGAGAUCAUCUACUCUAACUCUAUACCAAAGCUGAGAGUUGGCUUUAUUUUUUUCAGCUCAUAUUAAUGAAGUUAUUUCUGAAUUCCUCCCUGUCCGAGACAUCACCAUUCUCUCUCAUAAAAAUUCAUAAGAUUGCUCCAAAUUCUAAACCGACAACUUAACUCCAUGUUCAGAAAUAUUUGUAUUCUUCUAUUUACAAAAAGCAAUUUGCUCUUUUAAAACUUUGAAACUAUUUUUCUAAACUACUGAUUAUUCUUUUAUAAAGCCUCUUUCUGACUCUAAUUCAGUACUUUUGAAUUGUUGGACAGAAUAAUGGACUACUUCAGGCUGAAUAUCUUGCCUCUUCCUAUCUCUGGGAAGACACUGUUUAUAUAUCACGCAGCCUGUCUUGAGCUAUAAACUAGUUAAGCAUAAUGGAAAAUAUUAUUUGGUCACCAAUGUUGAGACAUGAUUCAAUUGCUGCUAGUUUCUAUACAUGAGAUAUAGGAAGGCAGGAAAAUGUCUUAGGCUACUAUCUCUCAGGAUACAGUAAUAUAUAUUUUUCUUAAUACAUGACCCAUUGCUGUGAAUGACGAUCUCUUGUUUACAUUUGCCUAUUUAAAUAUAUAAAAUACAUGGAUUCACUUCUUAGAAGCUCUGCUUUUCAUUUUUAUGGGAAAAACAAUUUUAUGCUUUUGUCUGUUUCUUGCUGCUUAUAGUACAGUCCUCCAAGUUCUUUUGCUAAGAGCCAUCCUCUGUUUCACUGAGGGAUAUUCAUGUUCUUACAAUUGAAAUUGAGUUUUUGCAGCAGUGCUUGAAGCCACAGAAAGUGCACAACAGUGAAAAUAUAAUUUAUUCACUUGUUUGUGUGUAUGAUUCAAAAGUGUUAACCUAGAGAUUGUCAGACACCAUGUCAGACUAUCUCUGUUUUCUUGAACCUUAGAUAGCUUCUUGUACAUUUUUGGUUGUCAUUUUAGUUCAAAAAUAGUUAGUUGCAAUUUUCUAACCAGAAAAUUCUGGCUUUAAAUUUUAACAUCAUUUAGACAUAUGCUACACUGCCAAUAUUCCUGUGUCAAAUGUAGCUUGCUUAAUUAAAUGACUGCUGUUUCAAAGAAAUCAUUGACUAACUUAAGAACUAAAGAAUGAUGUAAUUGAAUUUAGCACUGCUGAACAAAGGCAGCAUACUAAAAGCAUUCAAGAUGGUUUGCAACCAGGUCACCUUGCUAUAAAUAAACUCCAUCCAUAAGUUUAGUCAGAUUGCUUAUAGAUAUAACAGCACAGCUUUUCCUGAAGUUGGGCUAAAUGACGUAUCCAAACAUUAGGCCCUAACAUGUCAAUGUCUUUACAAUUCCUAUCUUAAGAGUCUUAGACUGAAGCCAAGAACCAGAAUAUUCAUUUGAAUGCUUCCUACAUUUUCCCCCCUACAUCAACAUUUUUUCUUUGUGUUUUUUGAAGAGUCAAGCAAUCGGGAAUGUAUGGGAAAUCUUGAAUCCUGGAAUAAUUCACCAUUAUAUCAUAACUAUUGCUUUAGAUACCUUGAAUGAAAAAUAAACUAUGAUCAUUUUAAGUACUAGAUUUAGAAGGCAGAAUCCCUUCUCUUGUAUUAAUUUGCCCAUCUGACCAGAUCAGAUAGGAUCAAUUUCCUUCAUCCCUAUAGAAUAGCUACCUGAGAAGGCCUUAUAAGGAAACAUUUCCAGUAGCUGCUCUCAACUUUUAGAACUCCCUUCGGUAAAGCUUUGGCCAGCUGUUUUCCCCUUGUCUUUAGGACUAUGGCAGAUGUUUAAGUUGUUCUGUCUUACACAAGGGAGGGAGGUAAUUAUUACUGAAAGUGAGAUUUGCAAGUGAUGAUAUAUUACUUGAUUCUUUUUUUAAAAAAUAAUUUUUUAAUUUUGUUUAUACAUACAUACAUACAUACAUACAUACAUACAUACAUACAUACGUACAUACAUAUAUUAAUUAUCUGGAGGAGUGGUCUUUUAUUUUAAGAUUAUUAGCCACAUAAAGCUUAUGGAAAUAGAUAGCAAACAACUAAUACAAACAAAUACCCCUUCUUCUGGAGGAACCUCUAUGUUGAGCCCAGUGAAAUUGCCUUAGCUGGAUCUGUCAUAGCUCACUUCAGUUUACUUAGUGAGGCUGUAUGAAUUCUGAAGUUACCAACUGGGAAGAUGUUGGCAAUAUAUCAAAUCUGGAAACCUUUCACAUUUAAAUCUGACAGAAGGGAAUGCAGCAAAUAAAAAACUUGAAAACAAUUAUUGGGAUCAAGGAAAAUCUGUUUCCUGGGUUACAAGUUGCAAUUCAGGUGUUUCAGAAAAAAAUGGAGAGCAGAAACUCAAGUAAGACUGUAAGCAGGAGAUUGGAAGCAGAAGAAAGAUGAAAUUGUCUAAAAUCAAUUUCAGAAGAAAGAUGAAAUUGUCUAAAAUCAGAAUUAGUAUAAUCACGUAAGGUUCUGAUUCUCAACAUUUUCUACACACAUGUGCAUCAAACAAAUUGGGCGUUGGUCUUACCUGAUAUACCCUUUCUAUAUCAGGCGGGCAUGGCAGUCAUGCCUUGGAGUGACAUAGCUUCUCCUCCAAUGCGACCGGGUCUGCUGAAAGUUUUAAGUCCCACCUCUUCCUGUGUAGUUCAGUUUUGAGACGAGGUAGAUCAGCAGACUGUCGUGUCUGUAAGGUAAGAAAACAUAUGAAAGUGCCACCCACCCCUGAUGCCCGGGAACGGCCUAGACAGGGAGGGGCUGACUGCCAUGCCUGCCUGAUAUAGAAAGCGUUUAUCAGGUAAGACCAACGCCCAUUCUCCUAAUGGUGGGCACGGCAGUCAUGCCUGGGACAUACCAAAGCCAAUGUCCGAUAGGGAGAGGAUGUAGGCCGGAUCCGGGAAAUAUUCUCCAGGUGUAUUCCUUGCAAUACUCUCCGACCGAAGGACGCAGAGUAGGCAUCCAGUCUGUAAUGUCGGAUGAAUGGUGUAGGAGAGGUCCAGGUGGCAGCCCGGCAGACCUCUUCCAAGGGAGCCCUGGUGGACCAGGCCACUGACAUGGCCGUGCUCCUAGUGGAGUGGGCCGUUAUAUUCCGAGGUACCGGUAAGGACUGGGCGGAAUAAGCCGAAACAAUGGUGGCCCUGAUCCAACGGCCGAUUGCCGUAGUGGACAGCUUGGAACCCAUGGAAGAGGGUUGGAAGGAGACAAAUAAUGCCUCUGGAUAAUGCGAUGGAUGGAAGAUGUGCGGGCAAUGUAAAUUUUAAGCACUCUGCGAACGUCCAGAGUGUGCCAUAUCCGUUCCAGCCGGUGCUGAGGGGAAGGGCAGAAGUUGGGAAGAACUAGUUCUUUUGACCUGUGGAAAACUGAGUUGAUCUUUGGGACAAAGGCCGGGUCAAGACAAAGGACUACUCUGUCUGUGUGAAAAAUGCACAGAUCCUUACAGAUCGACAGGGCUGCCAACUCCGAAAUACGGUGAGCUGAGGUUAUGGCUACUAGGAAUGAAACCUUGAAAGAGAGAAAUUUGAGGUCAACCUCCCGCAGCAGCUCAAAGGGAGGUCUGGUGAGAGCCGCCAACUCCUUGUUAAGAUCCCACAUUGGGAAUCUGUGGAUGGCCACAGGACGGAGGUUAGUAGCCCCACGUAAGAAGCUGCGGAUCAGUGGCUCCCUAGAGAGAUAUUGAUGAGGCAUAGGACAGAAUGAAUGAAAUAGCGGAUAUCUGUCUCCGUAGGGUGUUUGGGGAGAGACCUGAUGAGAAUCCCUCUUGCAGAAAACCAAGAAUUUGAACAAUCGAUACUGAGGUAGGAACUAUCUUGCACCGUCUACACCAAUUGGAAAAGGCCCUCCAUGUGGCAUCAUAGAUACGGGUCGUAGAUUGACGGCGAGAGGCUUGGAUGGUAAUGAUGACAUCCGGAGGAACCUGUGCUUCUGUCAAGAGGAACCGCUCAAUCUCCAGGCGGCUAGCUGGAAGGACUGAGGAUCUGGAUGAACAAGUCGCCCUUGUAGGAGUGAUAUCUGGUCAUCUGGAAUCCGCCAGGGAGGAGCUACGGACAGUGACACCAGGUCCAUAAACCAUGAACGUCACGGCCAGUGAGGAGCCAGAAGGAUGAGCUCUGCCCUCUCCCUAAGGAGCUUCCGGAUCACCCUGGCUAUGAGAGGGAACGGUGGAAAUGUGUAGAGAAGAACCCCCGAGGGCCAUGGAUUGCGCAAGGCGUCCACCGCUUCCGCUCCCGGAGAGGGAAAUCGGGAGAAGAAGCGAGGAAGUUGAUGAUUGUGCUCUGAGGCGAACAGGUCCACUAGUGGUGUGCCAAAUCGUUUCAUCAGUUCUUGAAAGAGAAGAGAGUGCAGGCUCCACUCCACCUGGUCGAUUGUAGUGCGGCUGAGAGAGUCUGCCUGCACAUUGGCUAUCCCCGAAAUGUGUUCUGCCCGAAGAGACUCUAGAUGGGACUUGGCCCAGAGGCCCAGGCGAAGAGUCUCCUGUAGGAGAGCCCUUGAAUGGGUCCCCCCUUGCCUAUUGAUGUGUGCUUUGGUAGUGAUGUUGUCCAUGAGAAUAAGAACAUCCCUGCCUAGAACAAGGUGUUUGAAGCUCAGAAGAGCUAGAUACACCACUCGCAGCGCUAAUAGGUUGAUGUUGAGAUCGCUUUCCAGAGUGUACCACUUGCCUUGAUCCAUGUGUGUUCCUAGAUGCGUCUCCCAACCUAUGAGGCUCGCAUCCGUCGUGAUGACUACUCUGUGAGGUUCCUGGAACGUGCAGCCCUUGGAAACUGCUUUGGGAGUCCACCAUCUCAGAGACUCGACGACGGUCGUGGGAAGAGACAGAAGGAGGGAGAGUUGCUGCUGAGGUUCCGUUGAUAAGGGAGAAGCAACCACUGCAAUUCCCUGCUAUGAAGACGAGACCAGGGUACUAUGCCAUAUGCGGAUACCAUUUUACCUAAUAAGCGGGACAAACCUAGGAGGGUGGCAGACUUUUGAUGCCUAAAACGGCGGGCAAGGUCAGUGAGACUAUCCUGACGAUCCUGAGACAGAAAAACCUUUGAGGCAACGGUAUCAACUACCGAGCCCAGGUGUUGUAGACGGGUAGAAGGGGUUAGAUGGCUCUUUUUCCAGUUAAUGGAAAAACCAUGAGCCCUCAAAAUCUGGACGGAAGUGGCAAUAUCCCGGUGAGCCUUGGCCUCAGACUGGGAAAGGAUGAGAAUAUCAUCCAGGUAAAAAAGUAUCCUAACCAGGAUAGAUGAUAUAUGGGCAAUUAGGGCUGCCAUAACUUUUGUAAACACUCUAGGCGCUGAGGAUAGUCCAAAUGGGAGGGCCCUAUAUUGGAAGUGUCGGCCAAUAUAACUAAAACGGAGGUAUUUGCGAUGAGCAGGAAGUAUAGGGAUAUGUAAAUAAGCCUCCGUUAAAUCAAUUGAAGAUAUGAAGUCUCCAGGUCUAAUAGCUAACAGAAUAGUUUGUAGUGAUUGCAUUUUGAACCGGCGGUAAAUUACAUGCUGGUUCAGGGAUUUCAGAUCUAGAAUAGCCCUCCAAUCCCCCGAAGAUUUCUGCACUAGGAACAAACGGGAAUAAAAACCCUGUCCCCAUUAUUGACGGGACAGGUUGAAUAGCUUUAAUGCGGAGAAGAUGUUCAAUAGCUGAAUCUACACGGGCUCGCUUGGUCCUGUCCAAAGACAGAGGACAGCGCAGAAAAAAAUUGGGAUUGGAGCGAAAUUCAAGAGCUAGGCCGAAUCGAAUUGUGUCUUUAACCCGGGAAUCUGAAAUGGUGGCAUCCCAGUGAUUUGCGAAAAAAGAUAAUCUGCCGCCUAUCAUAAAAUCUGGAGGAGAAGGGGCUUUGUCUUACCUGAAAGUCCGUUCUAAGGACGGAAGGACCAGUGGUCAUGAGAGGGUUAAUGACCAGAUCACGCCAAUCGAGUCAGACAGAAGAUAAGCUCCUCCUCCUGCUGCUGCUUCCCAGCUUUCGGACGAGGAAUGUGAUGUCUGACAACGCACCCGCCAUCCUGAAACUAGAGAGAAAAAGGAAAGGAAGGAGUGCUACGGACACGCAGACCAGCGGAUGAAGAGGUGGGAAUGACCACUGGUCCUUCUGUCCUCAGAACGGGCUUUCAGGUAAGACAAAGCCCCUUCUAAGGAGGGAAAGGACCAGUAGUCAUGAGAGGGACCUGCCAAAGCCCGAAAACUAUUGGGGGGGAUCCACCUGAGAUGAAUCUGGUUGGUCCGCGCACACCUGCUGUAGCACUUGACGUCCAAAUGCUGCCUCCGCCGAAGCAAACCGGUCUAUCUUGUAGUGGCGGAUGAACGGCGUUGGGGACGUCCAGGUGGCUGCCCGACAAACGUCUAGGAGAGACGUCUGGGUGGCCCAGGCUGCAGAAGUUGCCGCACCCCGAGUGGAGUGCGCUGUGAUCCUCCUGGGGACCGGUAAGGACAGGGUCUCAUAAGCUGAGGUGAUAGUUGCCCUCAGCCACCGGCCUAUGGUAGGUGAGGAAACCUUAAGGCUCAGGGAGGAAGGCUGAAAGGAAAUGAAAAGGGCCUCAGACCUACGGAAAGAGGAAGUCCGCCGUAUGUAAAUGCGUAAUGCCCAGCGAACAUCCAAUGAGUGCCAAACCUGUUCCUUGGGUGGGAGGGAUGAGGACAAAAAUCAGGGAGAAUCAACUCCUGAGACCUGUGGAAGGGAGAGUUGAUCUUCGGAAUAAAUGUAGGGUCUAAACGGAGAACUACCCUAUCUGGAGGGAAUACACAGAGGUCAUCCCUUGUAGAUAGUGCCGCCAACUCUGAGAUGCGCCUAGCUGACGUAAUGGGGAUUAAAAAGGAAACCUUGUACGAAAGGAACCGAAGUCCCACCGUAUGUAGGGGUUCAAACGGUGCUCUAGUAAGAGCAUCCAAAACCUUGGAGAGAUUCCACGUGGGAAACCGGUGAAUAGGUUGGGGUCUAAGGUUAGAGGCUCCCCUCAGGAAAAGUUGGAUUAAAGGACGAUGGGCGAGAGACUGCCGAGAACCUCAACAAAGGAUAGAAGACAAAGCGGCUACGUGCCUGCGUAAGGUAUUGGGGGCAAGCCCUGCGUCCAACCCUUUCUGGAGAAAACCAGUACCUGUUCGGUGGACGCUGAUCGGGGUUCCAACCCUUGCGAUGUGCACCAUCUGCUGAAGGAACGCCAAGUAGCUCUGUAAAUCCAUAUCGUGGCUGGAUGACGAGCAGCCAAGAUGGUAUCGACUACAUGUCUGGGCAAGUUGGUUCCAGUUAAAAGUUGCCGCUCAACCGCCAAGUGGUCAGUUGAAGCCAAGUGGUGUCCGGGUGACGAAGAGCUCCCUGGUGGAGAAUGACGUCGUCGGGAGGCAGGCGCCAGGGAGGACGGACUGACAGAGCCUGGAGGUCGACAAACCAAGGCCGGCGCGGCCAAUGUGGGGCGAUAAGGAUCAACUCCGCCCGUUCUUCCAGGAGCUUCCGAAUGACUCUGGGUAGGAGGGGAAGGGAAGGGUAGGCGUAGAGAAGGUCGCUUGGCCACGUGCAGUGAAGAGCAUCUGUUGCCUCCGCCUGUGGAUCUGGGAACCUGGAGAAGAACCUGGUCGUCUGGCGAUUCUUGCUUGUCGCGAACAGGUCUACUGCUGGAGAGCCGAACAGGUGAGUGAUGCGCAGGAACAGAGCCAGAUCCAGUUGCCACUCUCCAUGGUCCAUGGUUGACCGGCUCAACCAGUCUGCUUGUGUGUUGUUCAGUCCGGAGAUGUGAGACACCCGAAGGGAUCUCAAGUUGUCCUCCGCCCAGACUCCCACCCUCUCGGCCUCCUCCAAAGGGGGCGAGAGUGGGUCUCCCCAGGCGGUUUAGAUGCGCAGGAACAGAGCCGGGUCCAGUUGCCACUCUCCAUGGUCCAUGGUUGACCGGCUCAACCAGUCUGCUUGUGUGUUGUUCAGUCCAGACAUGUGAGACGCCCGAAGGGAUCUCAAGUUGUCCUCCGCCCAGGCUCCCAACCUCUCAGCCUCCUCCAUAAGGGGGCGAGAUCGGGUCCCCCGUAGGCGGUUUACAUGAGCCUUGGCGGCUACGUUGUCUGUGCGGAAAAGUACAUGAUGGUCCUUGUCCUUGUCCUUGAAGACUCGAAGGGCCAGGUGAAUGGCCCGGAGCUCUAACCAGUUUAUGUUGUGAACCCGAUCCUCCGAAGACCAGAACCCCUGGGCUAUAUGAGACUGGACAUGGGCACCCCAGCCUUGUAAACUGGCGUCGGUUGUCAGAAUGAUGGGAUCGGAUUCCCUGAACUCCCUCCACUUGAGAAGGGAUUGGGAGGACCACCAUCGGAGAGACUGAAGCACAAUCGAACAAGGCGAACAAUUCUUUUAGAAGCCGAAAUACGGGACUUUUGAUACGGGAGAAGAAACCACUGCAGGGCUCUGCAGUGGAGACGGGCCCAUGGUAUGAUGCUAAUGCAUGAGACCAUCUUCCCCAAGAGUUGAGAAAGAGUCGCCAGAGAUACAGGAUACCCCUGAGCUGACCAGAGACCGCAGACUGGCCAGACGCUCCUCGGAAAGGUAGACCCUGCUCUCAACCGUAUCAAUAACAGCCCCAAGGUAUUGGAUGCGAGUGGUUGGUACCAGAUGACUCUUGGCUUUAUUGAUGGAAAAGCCAUGAGCCGACAAGGCCUGGAUGGUGGAGUCCAGAUCUCGCCGUGCCCGGACCUCUGAGCUUGAGAGAAUGAGCAGGUCGUCCAAAUAACAUUGGAUACGGAUCGGCCGAGCUCGGCCAUUAAUGGCGGCCAUUAAUUUGGUGAAAACUCGGGGAGCCGAGGAAAGGCCAAAUGGAAGGGCACGGUACUGAUAGUGGUGGCCCGCAUGACAAAACCUGAAAAAUUUAAAGUAGGCCGGAUGAAUAGGGACAUGUAAAUAUGCUUCCGUCAAGUCGAUAGACAAGAGGAAGUCCCCUUUCCUGACACCCUCCAAGAUAGAUUGGAGAGACUGCAUCUUGAACCGCCGGUAGGGAAUCCAGCGGUUCAAAGACUUGAGGUCGAGAAUAGCUCUCUACCCCCCCGAAGAUUUCUGAACGACGAACAGGCGAGAAUAAAAACCCUGUCUAUGCUGCUCCUGAGGAACAAGUUCAAUGGCUUGAAUAUCUAGAAGAUGUUGGAUGGCUGUUGCCAGCAGGAGCCGUUUCUGCCGAUCCCUAGAAAGAGGGCACCAGAGAAACCUGUCGGGAGGAAUGGAGAGAAAUUCAAGGGAGAGGCCCCACCUGACUGUCUCCCUGACCCAAGCGUCCGAGGAGGAGGACUCCCAUUGGCUGGCAAAGAGAGCCAGGCGGCCCCCAAUGGGACGGUCAGACGUGCAGUUAACGGAACCUGUUAUACGGGUGCCCCCGGCCACCCCGGAAGGAAUGCCUUGAUUGCCCUCUCUGAUUCUGGGAGCCUUGACGGUCCGGAGGUUGGGAGCGGGCUGGAAAGGACCUGGAAGAGCGAGCCCCCGAAUAGGAAUUGAAGGAACGAAAGGAACGAAACGGGGUAGAGGAAUUCCACUGUUCCGAUCGUCUAGACACAGAGGGAAGGAUACAUCGUUUGUGUUUGGUCUCAACUAACAAUGGUUCCAAGGGAGCCCCAAAAAGGGAAGGACCAUCAAAUUUGGAAGUGGCCAAACGCCACUUGGACUUGGCGUCCGCCUGCCAAUUACAGAGCCAUAACAAGCGAGAGGUCACAGAGGAACCAAUCGACUUGGCCGUGAAACGGGACAAGUUAAGUGUCGCGUCCGCAGAAAAUUCCAGGGCUGCCAGAAUUUUAUUAAGAUCCUGAUGGGAUCUAGUGUCUGAGACUGGGAGUCUAUUCUGUAAUUUCUUUACCCACAGGAUGGCAGCCCUGUUAAAAAAUGAUGAUGCCAGAGAGGAUUUGGCUGCCCAGGCCGAAGCCUGAUGAGCCUUGACCAACGAUUGUUCAAGGCGUUUAUCCUCUGGCCGGAGGUUAUCCUCAGGAGGUCCAGCUAGAUUGGAAGAAGAGGACAGAGCAGCUACUGGAGGGUCCACAGUAGGAAUUUGGAGCAGGUUAGCCAAUUCCGGGGCAAGAUUAUACAUACGCCUGUCCAAUUGAUUGGGGUUAGGCCCCGAGGUUGGACUUGCCCACUGUUUCUUUAAUACCUCCCUGAACAAUUUAGGUCCUGGGAUUUCCUCCGUCUCUACCACUGGUUCUUCAAAAAGGGGAACUGAGGGAUCAGCUUCUCUGGAAGAAGAAAGUUGUGAUGCACCCAGCCGGGUGGUCAAUUUAGCCUUAUGUAAAAGAGAACGAAACAAUUGUGGUUUAAACAGGCCCACAAAAGAGGGUUGGUCAGGAGGUAAAUCCUCCUCAUCAGAGAGGUCAGCCUCUCUAGCAUCCUCCCCAGAAAUUGACAAAUGGUCAGAUAAAACAACAGAAGGGCCCACAACCCCAGUUGGAACCUGGCCCUCAUCUAACUGAGAGCCUUCCUGCAUAUGAACAUGAAGCUGAAACCCAUGAUGAAGUGCGGCGUUGCAACUCAGCUUGAACUCCUUGUAUGGCAGAUUGAAGAAAGGAAACUAAUUCUGGGGAGAUAUUAACCUCCUUCUGAACAGCCCCCCCAUCCGAGGCCUGCAAAUCAGGAGCCUGAGCAGGAGGCACCUCAGCAGUGUCCCUUGAAGGAGAAGGGUCAGAUUGCGCCCCAAAUAAAGCCUCCGUCUCCUCCCCUUGAAGGGGAGAUACAUAAGUCCCACCAUCGGGAUGGGGGGGGGUAGAUCCUGGUUAGGGGCUUGAGCCAUCUCAGAGACUAUGGGGGGGGGCAGGAGAUGCCAUGCCUGGAGUGGAAACCUCAGGAGGAGCGGGAGUUGAGACUUCCCUGAUAGAGGCGUCUUUGAUGGCCUUUUGAAUAGAUUUCUCUAUUGCCAAAUGCAGCCAAGGAGGAAGAAGUUCCUCCUUGGCCCGGGCCUCUGCCUCUUUCUUCUCCUUAGAGGAGGAAGAUGUUUUCGAUUUUUUGUGAGGCCCUGCAGAAGGGCCUGGGCCCAUGUCGUCGGGAGCCAGGUGCUUGGAGGCCUUGUUCUGGCGACUAGCCAUAUCUCGGGGAUGAGACGCCUCCCAAUGCUACGAGUAAAAAAAAUGAAUGCCGCUGUUUAAAUUGUCCCCAAAAAAUGUCUUCCAACUAUUAAAUAGAGGGGCAAGCCCAAAAAGGAGCCUAGUAGGCAUCUAAAGGCCACGAGGGCGCUUCAAAAUGGCGGCCGCUAUAAAUGAAACCAAAAUGGCGGCCGCCAUAACAGAAUCCAAAAUGGCGGCUGCCAGUAAAAACGAGGCAGACAGCAAGCCCCAAGCCGAAAAACGCUUCAACUUUACCCUCCAGAAGAUCCCGAAAUCGCCGCUGGUUCAGAGAGCGUAUGGGGGGAUUCCCCAGGAACGCUGAAGCCGCAGGGAAGUUUCCUUGCUGUUUUGCUGAGUCCAGUAAUGCGAUGAGCGGCAAAGCGGCUUGGCUGCGAAGGCGGCUAAUGAAACUGCUGAGAGGAGCCGUUUUGCAAGGAGAAUCCCCCUCCUUGCCGAAGUAGCCGCCUGAAGAUCGCAGCGCUGGAGGGAUAAGGAGCCGAUAAAGGCAGGGAGGCUCCAACAGCGGGUUCGGACGUGAACCCUUCUCGCUGUAAGGGGAGAGGCUCAACCCUAGGGAGCCUCAAUCCCCUUGACCACAAUGGUCCAGCAGGCUGGGGCCGAAGCCCUGUUGUGCUAAGGCACCUUCAAAAUCCAAUAAAUUUCUUUAACCUAAUUAUUCAAUUUAGAGUGUUCAAUUAACAAUUUUUAAAAAUAUAAUAAAUUCUUUUUAAAUUUGAUUCUAAAAGGAGCAAUGGAGGGUGCGUCUGAUCACUAGCAGAUCGAGUCAGAAAGCUGGGAAGCAGCAGCAGGAGGAGGAGCUUAUCUUCUGUCUGACUCGAUCGACGUGAUCUGGUCAUUAACCCUCUCAUGACCACUGGUCCUUCCCCUCCUUUCGGGCUUGCCGAAAGGAUCGGCCCCUGGAACCUCUAAAUGGUCUCCUGGAAGAGAACCUGUACCCGUGUCUAACCUGAGUGUCCUGCUGUUGAGACCCUCUUGGUUGAAAGGAACGUUGGGAACACUCUUGGUAGAUGUUGAAUUCUUGGCCACGAAAGGAUCCCGGAUGAAAGGAGCUCUGUGGACGAACCUCAGACCUUCGGGAAAGAGAAGGCAAAAUUUUUUGAUGAUCUUUAGUCUCAAUAAGAAGGGGUUCCAAAGGGGCCCCAAACAGCUUUUCUCCUUGGAACGGAGAGGAAGCCAGACACCAUUUAGCUCUUUGGUCGGCUUGCCAAUUUCUGAGCCAGAGUAAGCGUCUGGAAGUAACAGAAGAACCAAUUGAUUUGGCAGAAAACCUAGCUGCGUUAAGGGUGGCAUCUGCUGAGAAUUCUACUGCUGCUAAAAUUUUAUUUAUGUCCUGAUGGGAUCUAAGAUCAGCAGCUGGAAUCCUCUCCUGGAUUUGUUUCAGCCAAAGGAUAGUUGCGCGGUUAAAAAAUGAAGCUGCAGAGGAAGCUUGUACCACCCAAGCAGAGGCCUGAUGCCCUUUAAUGAGGGUCCUCUCUGCCCUUUUAUCCUCUGGGCGCAGGGAUUCCUCCGCUGGGCCUGUCACAGGUGAUGAUGAUGAUGAUAAUGCCACUACUGGAGCAUCCACAGCAGGAACCUGCAAUAAACUAGAAAAAUCAGUUGCCAAAUUAUAGAAGCAUUUGUCCAGCGAGUUAGGCAGGGGACCUGUACUGGGAAAGGACCAUUGCCGUUGAAUUACAUCUGAGAAUAAUUUAGGUGCUGGAACGACCUCUGUGUGCAGUUUGGGUUCCAGAAAAACAGAAGUAGUAGGAUCAGAAGACAAAGAAGUUGGAUCAGACCUAGUGCUGGGGUCACCCAGGCGAGUGGUGGUUUGAGCUUUAAACAACAAUGAUCUAAACAUCUGAGGCCUGAAAAGACCCACAAAGGAAGGCUGAUCCGGUUCCAGACCCUCAUCCUCAGAUAGUUCUUGGUCUGGAAUGAUCUCCCCUUCAGAAAGAGAAUCUUGGCUGUCAGAAUUAGGUGAAUCAUGAACCUCAUGUUGAGCUGCAGAACCUCUGGAUACCUGAGGUCUAUGUGAAUGGCUAUGAUGACUCCCUAAGUCAGAAGCCUCUGAAGGGGCACGUUGGUAAAGGCCUUCAGCAAUACCUUGGCGAAUGGCAUUGGAUAUAAGAGAAGCGAGAGCAGGUGGCAUUUCUGAAAUUAUAUGAUCUGCUUUGGAAUUGACCCCCCCCCCCCGAGGUAGAAGCUGUAUCAACUGGUUCAGCUUGAGAAGUAUCUUGAGCCUCAGCAAGGUUGUGGCUAGGUUCUGCAGGAACAACAGGAAAUACUGAUGAUGCAUCAGCUAUGCCUGAGCUUUCAUGUAGAGAUCUAUCCGGUGAUAGAGAGGGAGUAUGAGAGGGCUGGAGAGUAGGAGGGUUGAAUCCCUGUGGCAGAGGCAGACACAGAAGGUGUUGAAGCCUGAGUAUGGCCUGGGGCAUUACUAUUCUCAGACUGAGCUUUUUGAAUAGCUCUUUCUAUCGCCUUAUGGCGUCUUUCUUCAUCCCUGGAGGAUUUUGAGCCCUUGGAUGCAGAUGGGCGAACUAAUUUAGAGGCUUUAUGCUAAUGAGAGGAGGAACCCUCGCCUGGGUCAGCCUCAUGCUGUCUUUUCCUCCUGGAAGACUUGCGGUAAGCCUUGGCUGCACUCGUGUCAGCCAUUUUGAAUGUUACAACCCCCAACUUGCAGUAAAUUCAAAGACAUCUAAUGCCUUUAUUACAGGCCUGAACGAAAUUCUACACAAUGCAGGUGUUAAUUAGUUAACACAAAGCCCCAAAUACUUGCGAUUAAUGACUUCUCAGGCAGUUCAGAAAUCGCUAGCCGUCCGGUGUGGCGCGAUCGUAAAAGACGCAGCAAGCUCUUCGCGCCAAAACCGCUGCAGAGCAAAGGCUCUAUAAGCAGCAAUCUGCCCACUCCAAAUUGUGGCCUGGGGGGCUCAGUAAGCGCUACGGAGCAAGCUCGUGGGCGCUGCUCCAGAGACCUGCCAGCAGGCAGUCCUAAGCCGCUCAAGCGGCUCUGAGCGGUUGCAGGCAAAGCCUUCCUCACUCCUUAGAUAGCUAAAGAAGAAAAGGAAUAAAAUAAAACUAAAUUAAAUUAAAAAACUUCCAGAAUGAAACCAAUUGGUUUGGAACAACAACAGACACGACUGUCCCAGAGAAGACCGAGUCGAAAAACUGAACUACACAGGAAGAGGCGGGACUUAAAACUUUCAGCAGACCCGGUCUCAUUGGAGGAAAGCCUAUGUCACUCCAAGGCAUGACUGCCGUGCCCGCCGUUAGGAGAAGAUGUGGCAAUGUUGGAAAGACUGGGCCUGGUAAAUAAAACUUACACCAAAUAAUGCUCUUUCUCUGCAUAUAUGUGUGAAGAGAAAACAGUGAUCUGAUAAUGAACAGAAAACCCAAAUAAUAAAUUAAUGAAUUAAUAUAAAAAAGUUCAAAAAGUAUAAUGUGCAAUUUUAGUACAGACAUUCUACAAAACUGAUAAUCCUUGAGCUAAGGAGAUAGCAUUUAAAUCAGUUCAUUAAAUUGUAUUAUAAAGGAAUAAAUUAGUUAAAAAAGCACUUUGAAUAACAGCUAAUCCUAAGUAUUUUUGCUUGAAAAAAAACCCUCAGUCUUCUUAUGUCACAUCCCAUCCUGCCUUGUUAAUCAGGUUCUCUCUGCUUGGCAGUGAUGCAUAUUAUAUUGGUUUUAGUCAAGUCAAGUCAACAUUUAAUUUCAAAAUUACACACACAGACAUACACAGUACACCAAGAUAUUUGUAGACUAUUUUUAUUAAUAAAAUCUUUCCAAGAAGUGAAAAUAAGAUAAAACAUAGUAAUUAAACAGCAACAAUAAUAACCAAUGGUGUGAUACAACAGAACCAUGUGCACAAGUGAUAAUAAACAGUACAAUUUAAGCUAACAGAAGCAUAUCUUCAAAGCCUUCUUAAAAGACUUAAGAAGGUGCCUCAUAAAUCUUAAGGAAAAAUUCAUUGAAAUUACUGCAGUAUCCUUUUCUUUCUGACCUUAAAUUGCCAGUGAACAAGGGAGGUCAUUUCUUGCAGUAAUUGCACAUUUGUAUAUACACUGUCGAGCCAGCAGUAACAGCCAAUUCCAAUUUUUUGGGAGAUGUACUAAUAAAAAACCAAGAUAGCUGUUUUGAUAAAAAUCAACUGAGGAACAAUCUUGAAAUUUGUUCUUUCUCCCUUUGUACAAUAUAUCUACUGGGAAUAUGACGGACUGUUUCUUUGCUAUUAGACUGCCUUUGCAUUCAUUUUGUAGUUUCCUAUUAUUCUUAUAAAUAUGGACAUGCAAAAUAGAGAAGAGGCAGAUGGAUUAUGCCAUGCUGGAACACUGGUGUUGGCUGAGGGAGGAAGGGAAGAAAAACUGUGGGGAAAAUGAGUGCCAGACUAAGAGUAUGGACAACAGGUAAUAGCCUUAUUCUAUUGCUCUGUAAAAACAUCUGCGAUCUCGACAAAUUUUGUUUCAGCUGAAACCCAAAAUGAUAAAACUGUUCUAGGUUUUAUUUCUGCUAAUCCAAAAUGAUUUGGCAGAACUUUAAAAAAUAUAUUUUAUUGGGGUUCAAAACUUUUUUUUUUUUUUUACAGUUGAUGAAGUAUAUUAUUUUUUGAAAACGUGUCUGUUUGCCAGCCCCACAUAUACUGGAUUAUUUUAAUUUUCAUUACUGUAUAUUAUUUUAUAUUUUUAUUCUCAAAUUUUAUCUCAUUUAUGGAAUUGUAUGUUUUACUUCCUCAAACGAUCAGUGAAGACUGCUUCACUAUUGAACACAGUAACAUACAGUUUUGACAAUAAGCAUCAAGGAUUUAAGUUCUAUAUGCAUAUUUUAUUAUUUAAUUCCUUCUAAGAAAAUAAAGUCUUUGUGGUAAGAAUUAUUUGUAUUAUAGAUUCUAUUGCAUCAUGUUAAUGACAUUGAUUAUAGAAUGAAAAUGUGCAAUAUAAAACUAAACUGAUAGUGUGUUGCAAUUUUUGCAUUGAAUAAUUCAUUUUAAUAAAAUUACAGACUAUGAAACAUUUAUUGAAUCAUCUCAUGAUAGCAAUUUUGAAAGCAGUGCACAUACUAUUUGCAUGGUGAAUGAUUGAAUUGUUGAACUGUUUUGUAGAUUUUAAUUUAUUACCUAUAUUUCAUGGACUAAAUUUUACCUCAGGCAGCCUUUUUCCUCCUUAUCUUUCCUUUGUAAGAUAAUGACAACUGGGCAUCAUUGAUAAAUGUUUAAAAAUCUACUGAAUCCCUUUGCACUGAACUGACAUUUUGUCAUUGUAUAUGUAACAUAUAAUCAUGCCAUGUUUGUUUUGUGGGGCACUGCAAACAUUUAAAUGUGCUACUAUUCUUUAUUGUGUUCUACAAAUUUCAUAGGGGAUUAGAAUUGCCUCAAGGACACACUGACUUUUAUUUUUAAAUAAAGUUUUUAAAUGUA